GAAACUCUCGAAAAUCUUCUGGUUCCCACGCGGGCACGGCCGACGACGACGAGGACUCCGAUACCGCGGAAACCGAUGGAAGAAGAACGAGACGGCGAAAGCUAUUCUCCCGAUGGCGAAGAAGCUACCUUACGACUAAACGGCACCGAUACAGUAAUCGAAGAAGCUACUGAGACGGAGGCGCAGUCGAGCUCCGGCGAACAUCAUUAUUCUUACUGGUCUUCAGUUAGGUUUGACGUUCCUCCACAAAGAAGCUACCAUUUCUCUGCACAGUUCAGAGAUUCUCCUUACUCGAACAACUUCCUCAAAGGCGUCAAAUGGUCUCCUGAUGGCUCGUGCUUUCUUUCAAGCUCAGAGGACAAUAAGCUGCGGCUGUUUUCCCUACCAGAUUAUUACGAUGGCUGUGAUCCAUCUGCCUACUCUGUAGGUUCUGGUACAGAUUCUUAUGGUGCAAGCGUUGUUGUGGACGAGGGGGAGCCCAUCUACGAUUUCAGUUGGUAUCCCUAUAUGAGUUCCUCAGAGCCUGUUAGCUGUGUGUUUGCUACUACUACUCGUGAUCAUCCAAUUCAUCUGUGGGAUGCUACUUCUGGCACGUUGCGUUGCACGUACCGUGCUUAUGAUUCCGUGGAUGAAAUUACUGCUGCCAUUUCAGUUGCUUUUAAUCCUGAUGGAACCAAGAUAUUCGCUGGAUAUAACAAGUGUAUCAGAGUGUUUAAUGUUCAUCGCCCCGGUAGAGAUUUUAAACAGCACUCAACCCUUAAAGGAAACAAGGAAGGACAAACAGGGAUAAUAUCUGCCAUUGCAUUUUCUCCGUCUCAUAAUGGGAUGUCAGCCAGUGGUUCAUUCAGCCAGACAACUGCUAUUUCAAGAGAAGACAAUAUGGAAUUCUUGUAUAUACUUCAUGGACAAGAAGGUGGGAUUACACAUGUAGGUCGGAACUCCAUUGUUGAUGCCUCAAUUUGAACUAUGGGAUCAAUAAUCAGGACCCGUAUAUCAUUUGCUGGGAUGUAAGGAAGGCUGUUGACGUUUUUUAUAAGCUGUACAAAUCCUUGGCACAAACCAAUCAGCGGAUAUAUUUCGACAUUGAUCCAGUUGGCAGGCAUCUUGCAACCGGUGAUGAGGCUGUACAGGUCCGCGGCACAAACCAAUCAGCGGAUAUAUUUCGACAUUGAUCCAGUUGGCAGGCAUCUUGCAACCGGUGAUGAGGCUGUACAGGUCCUCGGCACAAACCAAUCAGCGGAUAUAUUUCGACAUUGAACCAGUUGGCAGGCAUCUUGCAACCGGUGAUGAGGCUGUACAGGUCCUCGGCACAAACCAAUCAGCGGAUAUAUUUCGACAUUGAACCAGUUGGCAGGCAUCUUGCAACAGGUGAUGAGGAUGGCUUGGUUCACAUCUAUGAUCUACAAACCAGACAUGGUAAAUUGCAUCUCUUUCCAUCCAUUCCUGCCUAGGGCUGUCUCUUCAUCUGGUCACCGACGGUUUCAAGGCCCCGAUGAAGAAGAUGGCAAUUGUCAACUGAGCGAUAAUGUAAACUGUGCGGACAUUAUCGUGUGAUUCUUCAGCAGUUGAAACGAGGCACAUCAAUGAAUCUCAAGAUGCUUGAGAGUCAUUUUGUACAUUUAGCUGUUUUAACUUUCUUGCCCUAAUUUUGAUGGUUCAAUUUGGUUGAAAGUGGCUGAACUUCAGUGUUGGUAUUAAUAUUUUUUAUUAUUAUUAUGGUAUUUUUGUUUAUAAUUUCGACCAUGACAUUGUAUGGUUCAUAUGUUUAAUUGUCCUAUGGAUUGUAGUUGAUUCUUGGAGGGUUUCA